UUUUGAAGGAGACGCCAGAAGACGCUUAACGCCUCGGAAGGUUUCAACCUGUAGAGAAGUCUACUUUGCAAAACUCGCUGAAGAAGCUGUUGCUGAAACACGCACGUGCCGAAGAAUCCCACAACCCGCGGAAGAUGGAUCCUGGCCCGGAGAAGCACCAGCAGGGUGAUCAGCUGGAAGCUCUUAGUGUAGCGCUUCCAGCAGAUGGAUCUCCAACGUCGCAGGAACAUCAGGAUGAUGGUAAGGAAGUUGGUAAGGUGUGGUCAAAUGUCGACAAGUCAGACAACAUGGUUUCUGGAGAUCAUGGAGAGGAGUCGAGGUGUAGUUCUCCUCAGCAGUCUGUUGACUAUACUAACAGCUCUAGUGGUAGCUCCAGUCAAGAUGACUGUUCUAGCAGUUCCAGUGAUAGCUGUUUUAGCAGGUCUAGUGGUAGCUCUACUACCAGCUACAGUGGUAGCUCUGCUCCUAUCUCCAGUGAAGAAGAGGUAGGUAACGAGUAUACUAGCAGCUACGGUAGUAUCAGCACUACCAGCUGCAGUCCAACAGUGGACCGUCCUUACGCUGAGCUGGAGAUGGCUCAGAAGCUUCAAGAGGGCAUUUCUCAAUUGACCUCACUUGAAUCUUCACAUGGAUUUGAGAAGCGGGAAGAGCCCACUUUAAGUCCAGACGACUCCAGACUUAUUGGUACCUCCUCGCACCAUCAGGUAGGUUUGGUAGGGGAUGUGACUUGUGUGCCAUCUGUCACCGGCUUAAACAGAAAGAGGACAAAGGACAGCGACUCUGAAGAGGAGCCCCCUGCCAAGAAGACUAGGGACACUGUUGCAGAAGAGGAGCUCUCUUUCAAGAGGACCAGAGAUAGUGAAGAUGCUGAAGAGGAGCCCCCAGCAAAGAGGUGUAGGGAUAGUGAAGAUGCUGAAGAGGAGCCUCCAGCCAAGAAGUUGAGGGAGAGUGGUUAUGCUGAAGAGGAGCCUCCAGCCAAAACCCCCUACGAGAGUCAACCUAGAGAUGGGCUCCCCUCCAAGAGAACCAGGGACAAUGGUGCUGAAGAGGAGAUCCCGGCCAAGAGAUCCAGGAACAGCGAUGAUGAAGAGGAAUCUUUUCUGCGUUCCACCACAAUACGUUGA